AUGGCCAAGCAUGGCGCGUCGGGCAGUUAUCGUCCUCGCAAAUCUCGCAGUCCAACGCCCAUGCCCGGCGAUUAUUCUCCCCGGUCUUCCGAGGACCAUUCUCCCAACGGGAGCGACGAGGGCGAUCCCCGAUGCCCUCUUUCCAGAGACAUCUUAAAGAAACAUAUUCCAAAGGGUUUCGAGAGACCUCCUACGCUCCCCGCGUAUGAUGGUUUGACCGACCCCGACGAUCACAUAGCCAAUGUCAACGCGAACCUGGAUUUCAGGAACAUUAGCGGUGCCAUUAGGUGCAGACUGUUCCCAACCACGCUGAGAAAGGGAGCAAUGGCAUGGUACCAAAGCCUGCCCCCUCAAUCCAUCCAUUCAUGGAGGGAUCUUACUGAACAGUUUUCCAGACACUUCACCGCUUCCCGCAAGCACCCAAAGACUGUGCAUGCCUUGGAGGCCAUAUACCAAGCUGAAGACGAAACUCUCCGCAACUUCGUCGAGAGAUUCAACAAAGAGGCUGUGCAGGUCGAAACGACCGACGACAUGAAGAAAUACUUGCUGCAGAGGGGCCUUCGCCCGGGCAGCGAUUUUGCUAAAGCUGUGGGCAUAGAAAAACCACCCACCUGGGACGACCUCCUCCUAAAAGCUCAAAAAUACAUCGACUACGAGGAGGUCCAGGCAGCUGAUGUCGCUCGCCUUGCCCGACCUGGAAGCAGCCACCCUGCCCGUGAGCCCUCCCACAGGCACGACGACAGGGGAAGCGACCGGGGACACGAUAGAGGCGGCGAUCGGGGCGGCGAGAGGGGCAGAGACAGAAGGAGGGGCGACAGGCGUGAAUCUCGUGGCCCUCCAAGCACAUUCGCCACAUACACCCCCCUCGUCAAAUCACGGGGAGAAAUAUUUGCUGAGGUUCACAUCUCUGAGUUUAACAGAGCGAAUGUAAAACAGCCCAAGCCGACUCCCCUGAAGCCCGGCCAAGACAAGAAUAGGUAUUGCAGAUACCACAAGAGUUAUGGUCACAGGACCGACGAUUGCAUCCAGCUGAAGGAUGCUAUCGAAAUAUUGAUAAGAAACGGACAGUUACGAGAGUUCGUAAAGAGAAACAAUGACCCUCGACCAGAGGCCGCGGAGACUCGCGCCGUCGAGGAGGUAGUUCCCCCACCAGCCGGGCCGAGUGGCACCAAGCAGAUCGCCAUGAGCGUAUCCCGGCCAGAAGAUUUUAAUAUCCCCAGCAACUUUGGGGACACCUAUACUGGUCCUACGCCUAGCACGGGGGACUACUUCACAGACUCACUCGUCAUAUCCGGCGGUCACAUGGACAAGCACACCGUCGGAUCAAUAAAAAGAAAAUUCGAGGAUCUCAUCAACACAUCCUCAAAUAUGAACGCAACGCUGGACAAGGCGAAGGGGCGAUCAAUGCCUUUAGCCUUCUAUCGAGAAGAGCUGCCCGGCGGGACAGCCAAUUACCAAAUUCCCCUCCUCGUCCGGGCAGACAUGGCCAACAUGGACGUUCGUCGAGUCCUCAUCGAUCCGGGGAGCUCCUGCGACAUCAUGUACGCCAGUUUGUUCAGGACCUUACAGCUGGACGAGACACAUCUCACCCCGUACUUGGGCUCAGACCUCACAGGAUUCAAUGGAGCAACUACUAAGCCUUGGGGUUAUGUCGACCUGAUCGUCACUUUUGGCUCCGAAGAGACUGCCAAGUCGAUCAGGGUGAAAUUCUUGGUCGUGGACUGCCCUUGCCUCUACCAGUGCAUCAUCGGCAGGACGGCCAUAGCAGACCUGGUUGCUGUCCCUUCUACUGCCCACCUGAAGAUGAACAAAGAAGCCAAAGCCAUCCCCGGAAGCACCACCAAAGCCAUCCCCGGAAGCACCACCAAGUCUGCCCGGUCCAAGUGUGAGCUCUGUUGA